AGUCGGUAAGUGUCUGAAGGAGGGCUAUCUAAGAAUUGUCCGUUGUAAAUCCUUGUUAAUCCUUCUUUAAAACAACACGUAGCACAAUACAAAAAGACCCGGGCUUCAAUCAAAUUUGACCGACCAGGAUAAAACAGACUAAAUUGAAAAUGUACGCCUGUGCAAAGUUCGUCUCCACGCCGGCUCUGGUCCGUGCUGGUUCCCGGGCCCUUUACAGACCCCUGUCUGCCUGUAUGAUGUCCAGGCCCGAGGUCAACACAGAGAACAAUGUAGCCGUCAUGCCACAGAGCCCCUUCACCCAAGUAGCACUGAGAGGCUUCCAGACCAGUGCUGUGAGCAGGGACAUUGACACAGCCGCCAAAUUCAUUGGCGCUGGAGCAGCCACAGUCGGAGUGGCUGGAUCCGGUGCUGGAAUUGGAACAGUGUUUGGAAGUCUCAUUAUUGGAUAUGCCAGGAACCCAUCUCUGAAGCAGCAGCUGUUCUCCUACGCUAUCCUGGGAUUCGCCCUGUCUGAAGCCAUGGGUCUAUUCUGUUUGAUGGUUGCUUUCUUAAUCUUGUUUGCUAUGUAACACAUCUACUGUCCAUAGAAACACUAAUUACAGAUGUGACUACAUAUUUUAUUGUGGCUACCAAAAAACGUUACGUGUUGGUGUCAUGGAAAUGUAUAUUUUCAAGUCUGUCAGACAGUCAAAAUAACCAAAAACAUGUUUUGUAAAAAUGUAAGAAAUUACAUAAUUAAAAUGCAUGUAUUUGACUAUUUACAAUAUGGCAGUACGUUUUCUGUUUCGGAAUCAUGUUUCACCACAAUCAAGAAGACGACUAGCUUCUGUUGAAUGUCACCAUGGGAUUAUACAAAGGAACUGCUUAACUUACUGUAAAUCAGUCUGCUGCAUUUGCCAUUUUUCCAAUGCAUCAUAUGUUCACUUCUGUGGGUCCACAUUGACGCUUUCGUUGGUUCAAGUGCAGUUCUAUAGAAGUAUGUAAGUAGGCAGCAAGUGAGCGCUUGCUUUUGUAAAUGGCAUUAAAUAAAUCUAGACAAAUUUGAUGGUGCUAAA